UAAUAGUAAACAAGAUUUGCACUGCCUCUUCCUCCUCCUCUGCAGCAAGACCAGUCUCACCUGUUCCCCUGAAACUACUUCUAACUUGGAGUUUCACUUACAUUCGUCUAGCAAGGAAGAGGACAUACUCUCAUGGAUGGGAACAAUAAUUGAGGCUGUACUUUGAAAUCUUGGAGAAAGAACACAUUUUUCUAUUUAGCCGCAAGCAGUAUGGAACUGCUGGUAUUCUGAAUCCAGAAGGCUAACCUAGCCUCCCUUUGUAAAGCAAUGUCCCGGUCAGAGAGAAGCAUGAAAAGUAACCAGGUACCGCCAUCCCAGAGAUCCUCUCGUGAAAGGCAGGAACAUUCUAAUCCUCAUAGACCAACACAAAGGAACCAGCAUGAUUCAGCACACGACAGAAGAUCCCAAGCUUCAAACGCGAGGCUUACCCCACAACAAAAGAAUUCACGGCCUCCCACUGCUCAAUCACAUUCAAGAUUGCCUGUGGAAUAUUCCAGCCACUCCAGGCAUCCUUCUCAUCAAUUUGAAGAUCAGCCUACUUCUGGAAAAUGUUUACAGUUUUGCACAAGAAGAGAAAUCGAGACUCAUCAGACCAGGCAACAUUUUUCCAGUCUUCAACUGUCCAAUUUUGGAAUCCUGCAGAUUGUGGAAAUCAUGACAGGCAUACUGGUCCUCAUUUGUGUGAUUGCAUCUUAUGCAGUGAUAACCGGCUAUACAUCGGCAGCUGGCUUUGGCUCAUUUAGCAUUGAAUCUGCAUACAGCCCCUUUGAAGGCAAUGAGCUGCGGCAGGUGCGGGACUUGGACAUGCAAUACAGUCAGUUAAGAGUACCUGGAAUCUACGGUGGAGUGCCUUUUACUAUAGUGAUCUGUGGACUUACAGUUGUUUUCCUUUUCAUGGGGACAAAACCAAUACACAGGUUAAACAUUUGUGUCCUGUAUGCAGAAUUUAUUUUUGAUAUAGUGGCUUGCAUCGGUUACAUUGUUGCAGUUGGUCUUUAUCUAUAUUUUAUUAAGCAGGUCAACUCUACUGAUGUCUGCAAGACAAGGGAACGUCUUUAUGCAGGCCGUGGUUACACCUGGAUGAACUGUGAUGUGCAGGGUGGAGAUGCGGCUGUGGCAUUGUUCGGUGUUAUAGCUGCUUGUUUGUACCUUCCAAGUGCUAUUAUGUGUGCUCUUUACAUCAGAUCAGUACGUGAGUUUAAAAGGAACUACUUAACUAGUGGAUACCCAAGUAACUCCUUUAAAGAGAGACCCCACAAUGGCAGUCCUCAUCCAGAAGAGGAGCUGUUUCAGCCAAGUACAUUAGUGUAACAAUUUGUUAUGUACAGGAUGCUGACCCUCUCUGCAACGCUGAAUUUACAAUGGUUUCUUAAUAAACUAGUAUUGAAGGUACAUAUUUGGAUGUGUCAGGACUUUUUAGCUGCAUUCCACUGGGGUGAAAAAAAUCAUAUAUUUCAGACUGGAAUAAACCUGUCCUUGCCAAGUGCAGUUAAGAAGUGGGGCAUUAGCAGGUGUUGUUGCACAUCACUAUACCCUGGAAUGCAGGUCUAUAUGGGCAAAGUUCAUAUGUUUAGUCUGUAAAAUAUAUGGUUUUAUGAAGAAGAUUAUUACAAAACUAGUACAGCUAUAUGUAACACUUCAUUUGUAUUUUGUAUAAAACCUUAAUGCUUCGUAACAAAAUAAAUACAAAUUGUGUCACUCUAAA